AUGGAUCCCCGCGACAACAGCGGCGUCGCCGACUCGACCGACUGGCUCACGACGACGCUGUCAUGUCUGAUGCCCGUUGAGCAGGCGCUGCGCUGCCAUGUGUGCAAAGACUUUUACAAUUCGCCCAUGAUAACGUCCUGCAACCACACGUUUUGCUCGCUCUGCAUCCGGCGGUGCCUGUCGGUCGACGGCAAGUGUCCGCUGUGCCGUAUGACCGACCAGGAGUCCAAGCUGCGCGGGAACUGGGCGCUGCGUGAGGCCGUUGACGCUUUCUGCAAGGCACGACCGGCCACGCUCGAAGUGGCACAGAAACCGCUACCACGUGCCAAGUCGCCGACACCUCCACAGACAAAGCGGAAGGUGACGGACGAGGCAACAGCAUCACAGCCAAGUGGCAGCCAGCAGACGCCACAGGCAAAACGGACGCGGACAUCAGCUCGGUUAAGCAAGACAAAGGCUGCCGAAGCUGUAACAACCAUUGCGCAGGACGAGGUGCAGGCGGAGGUGCCGGACAGCGACAGCAACAGCCGCGACAGUGACGAUAUGGACUAUGAACCAGUCUCUGCGCCUGCACCACCACCAGAACGUUUGCCGUCCGUCAGCUACUCGCUGCUCAACGACGGCGCUCUGCGCAAGAAAAUGGCAGCUCUGGGUCUCGCGACGUCGGGCUCCCGCCAGCUGCUGGAGCGCCGGCACAAGGAGUGGACGACCAUCUGGAACGCCAACUGCGAUUCGGCGCGGCCGAAGCGCAAGGCAGACCUUUUGCACGACAUGGACAUUUGGGAGCGCACGGUCGGCGGAGGCGGCGCGGGUGGUGGCCUCACCGGUAGCAUGCUAGGUGGCCGCGGUGCGACCCUGACGUCACGGACUGUCGCGGCUGCCACCCAGCAGGCGGCCCAGAUUAAGGACAAGGAAUUUGAUGGGGCCGCCUGGUCGGCAAAACACAGCACGUCCUUCCAGGACUUGAUUGCCAACGCACGAAAAUCCCGAUUAAAAUCGCAGGCAAACGCGGACGAGAAAGAAGACAAGGUAGAAAUGAAAGAGGCCGGGCCCGAAGCGGCCUCGGAGCAAAUAAUUGCGGAGACACCACCGCGCGAGGAACAGCAAACUUCUGGUGUUCUUAGUACUGUUGAUACAAACGCAGGGAGUAACGUUGUGUCAUCAAUACAACCAGGAAAGCAAGCAGAGCUGGACGGGUCAGAUGCACAAGCACCAAGAGAUAAUGGGCCGACUGAUGACAGUACAGCAAUUGAACUUUAA